CUUCGCUUGUGACUCGCCGAGUGUGGCUGGCGCGCUCAGACGCCAGUCGACGGGGAACGUUGACGAUUGACGGUGUGUUUCAAAUUGUUGUCGGACGGCUAAGCGGAUGUGGUGAUUUUUGUGUUUGCUUCGAAGCAGUAUUUCUUGCAUUUAUUGAUAAAUAACAAAACAUAGUUAAAAUAUAAAACAAAAUUUACACACUCAUACAUUUGCAUGUAUGUAAGUGCAGAGUGAAAAGUGAAAGAAUUAUGUAAAUAUUGCAUCGGUCAGCGCGCCGAAGCCAUAAAGAACGCGAAAUCUAACGGGUUCGGUGGAGAAUCAACAAUUAUCAUGUUAUUUACUACAAACAUAUAUACGAAAAUAGGUCCAUAAGUAUGUAUGUUUGUGCAUAAGAAAUUGGUUUAAAUAUUAAUAUGCAGAAAGUGAUUCAGUUGGUUACCCGAUACAUAUCACAGAUGUUUAUAUAAAAUAUGUAUAUAUUAUAUAUAUAAGUAUGUGUAGGAAUAUUUUAAAGGGUGUAUAAUUAAAAGGUUGCAUUUAAAAUGUUUGCAGCAGCAGUCAUUAUACAAGUAAAUAAUUCCCACUUCAAAUAAAAACCUUCAGUAAUAACAAUAAACAAACAAAAAUUAAAAUAUGAUGUCAAGGGUCAUUCCAAUGCACAAAAACUAUUGAACCCAGUCAAUUGGAAAAUCAUUCAUAACGUCGCCUUGAAACGCAAAUAAGCAAUAAAAAAUAGACCAGAAAAGCCAAAGACAGUAAUUUACGUUUAUAAUCAUCAUAUACAGUGUCAACAAAAAAUAUUCAUACACAACAAUACUGUGCUUACUGUAUACACAAGCCACAUACUAUGUACAUAUAUGUAAGCGUAUAUAUGGGAGCAAAUGCAGGAACAAAUCUUAAGUGCAGCGUAAAAAAUAAUUUCUUAAUUAAAAGAUCGAAUUCAAAUACGUAAAUCAGUGGUAAUGAGCUGCAUUUUGAAUAUAUCUGCAAAAUACAAACCAAAACCAACAUGCUUCGUCGAAAUAUUUCGAAUCACAUUCGCCCGUUAUUAAUGCUGCUCGCCGGACUCAUAAUUGGCUUCUCAUUCUCUCAACAACUUCGCAACAACAAUUGCACCUUUCAACUGAGCUUGCCCAGUGGUGUCUUCUCGGCGAGAGAAGACGAAUAUGAAGGUCAUACAAUAGCUCUACUGCCGGCCGGAGCAGAUGAUCUGCUGACACGUUCUGUUACUGCUACUACUGAUAAUAAUACGCUAGCGGCGCAGCUGUACAAUGAAACACGUGUGCUCUGCUGGGUGCUAACGAGUCCCGCUAAUCACGCCAAAAAGGCUAUUCACGUCAAAAACACAUGGGGCGCUCGCUGCAAUCGCAUACUAUUCAUGAGUUCGGAGAGUGAUAAGGAGCUGGGUAGCGUGAAAUUGCCGGUCAAGGAAGGGCGUGGCAAUUUAUGGCAUAAAACGAGAGAGGCAUUGAAGUACAUCUACGACCAUCACUUUGAUGAAGCCGAUUGGUUUCUGAAGGCGGACGAUGACACUUAUGUCAUUGUGGAAAAUUUACGAGCCUUCUUAUAUUCCUUCGACAGCAAAGCUCCCAUCUAUUUCGGUUGCAAGUUCAAAAAAUAUGUGAGACAAGGCUACAUGUCCGGUGGUGCCGGCUAUGUGCUGAGCAAAGAGGCUGUUAAACGCUUUAUGGAGGAAGCCUAUACAAAUGAGAAAAUCUGUCGCAAGCGUUCCGGUGGUGCUGAGGAUAAAGAAAUGGGCAGUUGCCUACAGAAUGUUGGCGUGGUGGCUGGUGACUCACGUGAUGAGUACAAACGUGGUCGAUUCUUCCCGUCGGGUCCACAAGGACACAUCAUACCAAAAAAUAAAUCAGCGUGGUACUGGCGCUAUAUAUUUUACAAAACGGAAGAUGGUCUCAACUGUUGUUCAGAUUAUGCAAUAUCUUUUCAUUAUGUGCAACCCUCCUAUAUGUAUGUGUUGGAUUAUCUUAUAUAUAGCUUGCGUCCCUUCGGGAUUUUCAAACAGAUCGAAGCACUGCCAGCGAAACGCAAUAUGACUGAUUUGUUGGAAAAGUGGCGGAAUGAAAAGUCUGACAACCCUUUAUAAGUAUGCCUACACAUAUAGUAUGUAUGUACGUACAAACAAUUUUGUAGUUAAUAGAAAAUAUAUGAAUGUUACUCUCAAAAGUUAAAAACAAGAAAGGAUAUUAACAGAGCCGACCCCUCAAACCCUCAAUAAAAUAAAACAAAAAUCCGAGAGAAGAAUGAAGAGAACUUUGGAGGGGAAUUUAACGAUAAAACUUUGUAUAUACUUACGUAUAUAUUUCAUUAUUGUCAUUAUAGUGCCUUAUAUCAUUAUUUAUUAUAUGCACCUAGGCUGUUACAAAAUUGAUUUAUCAUUUACAUAUAUAAUAUAAAAUAUUUGAAUAUUUGGAAUAGUAUAGUCAUAUACCCUAUGUAAUUAGCUUAAUUAAUAUUAAAAAAUCAAUUGUUAACUCUUAAAUCAUAUUGGACAUUAAAUGGUGCCACUAAACUUGUGCUGUGUCGUAAAUUAAAACCUUUAAAUGUAUAUAUAAGUGAUAUAAUGUGAUAAGUUUAAUUAAAAUGUAAAAACAUAUUGUUUUAUUGAUGAUUCUUGUAAUGUUGAAGAUUAUCGAUUUUAGUUUUAAAAUCCUGUUCAAACUUAUAUACGUAACAUGAAAAAUCUCAUUCACGAAAUUUAUAUACGUAUACAAUGUAUAUUUGAAAUAUAAGUUAGAUGAUCUUUUGACAGAAUUUUAGCAGAGAAUAUUUAAAAUAAAUGAUAUCGCACGCAUACUUUAAAAUUUCUGCCGAAAAGCAUAUUGACAUAAAUUUAGAUGGUUAUACCGGCGAUAAAGAGCAGUACAAUUUUACUGUCAAUCAUGUUCACUCAACUUUGAAAUUUGAUUGUAACAUGAUCUGUAACAAGUUGGCUUUUUCUUCAUCACUGGUUUAUACAUUCAUUUGGUUAUAUUUUAAAGUAUAUUUGUUAUAAUUUAAGGUCUAGUAAAAACAUAUAAUUAUUUUUGCAUUAAAUUGAAGGUUUUAUUUAGAAUAGUUAGAAUGAUCCGCUUUCGAUCAAAAAUUUACCGAUUUGCUCGAUUACUUAUUGGCAUUUUGAGUAUAAUUUCAUAAUGCCACUCUCAAUAAAACUUACACCUCUAUUGACCAAAAACUGGGACAGUCGAUUUUCAUAAAUUUCUCUUGAGCAUUACUAGGAACAGGUAGUAAUCACUUGAUGCUUGGUCCAAAAUAAAGCAUAGAUACUUAAAAACAUUCAAAUAAAUCUCCCUGAGCUUUCGGCAAGUCACUAUCGAUGUUUGUGGCUUUGCGUUGUCCUGAUGUAAAAUAAUUCCUCUACUAUUAGGUAAAGCUGGUCACUUCUAGGCAAUUGCUUACUGUAGACGGUCCAAUGGUUGAGUCCUUUGUUUUAUAUCCAGCCUUAUUUAAAUGGUACCAAAUGGUUUUUGUGCCAUGGGCAAUCGAAACAGUGCUUACCUGACGUUCGGACUCGAUCAUUUAUAUAAUUUUAUCAAUUCGACAAUUGACAAUCAAAUCAAAAUUAAUGGUACGCAAUCGACAAAACCAAAAUUGCGCAUGGUUGACUCCUACAGUACCAAGACUGCGUGCUUAGUCAAGCAAUCAUAAAACGGUUUGAAAAUAUUUUUUAAUACAAAAUCGUAUACUUCUAAUAGCAUAUUGCGUAACCCAAUCGCCCUCAUACAAUGCGAAAUACAGAUUACUAUUGAAACGAUUGGAUUGGAAAGAUUGAAAAAAUAAUGGAUUUCUUUUUUACUAGACCUAAUAUAUGAGUAUAGUAUUUUUGGAAGUCUAACGAUUUAAAUUUGUGAGCAGACGUGCAUCUUUUAGAAGCUGUAAAAAAUGUCACAUUUCAUAUACAUAUGUAUGUAUUAUUUUAAGCAAACACAUUUCCAAUAAAAUAAUGACUUUAUACUUAAAAUUUUACUGUAUUUUAUUUCAAUAAAUCGGCACAGUUG